GGGAACUGCCGUAUAGUUGCAAGCUGAACGUUCUGCCGAGAAUUCGCCACUUGUUGGAUUUGUUCGUGGAUACCGCUGCCACAACGCAUAAGUUUGAAGCAAACAUGCGGUCAGAUCCAUCCAAUUGCUCGGAGGAGGCAAAGCUAAAGAAAAUGAUAACCAUGGCUGGGUUAGCAUGCCGCAAAUCGUCGAGGACAUCUUGCCAACGAGAAAUCGAACUUACCGACUCCUCGUCUAUUAGUGACGACACUUGCACCGGAUCGGACGGACAAAGUCGCAGUGGCGGCACGGGCAGAUCAGGUACUCGAAGGAAGCGUAAAUCUAAUGGCAAAGACAAAAACGUCAGAAGACUGGAGAGCAACGAGAGAGAAAGACUUCGGAUGCACAGCAUCAACGAUGCAUUUCAGUCACUUCGAGAAGUUAUACCACACGUGAAAAAAGACAGAAGGCUGUCGAAAAUCGAGACUUUGACUUUAGCAAAAAACUACAUUAUAGCCUUGACAAAAAUCAUAUGCGAUAUGAGAGGCGAAUUUAAUCCUUUUAAAGACCCAGAAGGAACCGACGCAGAUGAAAUAGACAUCCACCAACAAUUACAAUUAGCCCUCCAGAAAGAGUCGGAUGAUUCGUUAUAAAUGUUUUAUAAUCAAUAAUAAGUGCAUAUAAUAUUAUGUUAUCCAAUUUCAAUUAAGUCAAAUUACUUUAUUUUUAUUGUUAUAGCUACAUCAAAACUAUACAUUAUUAUAAUAUAAUAAAUUCGUUUUACAAUUAAAAAAUAAUAAUCUAUGUAUAUAUAAGCAUACAUAAUAUAAUAUUAGUAAAUAGUAAUAUUAUAUUACAUACACGGAAAUAAAAAUAAUAGGUAUACCUAUACACAAAGGUACCUUUGUGCCAAAAGACUAAUUUUUUAAUAAAUAAUUAUUUCAUGUAUUACUUCCAAACAAAUUUUAACACCAAACUUUAAUUAAAUAUUGUAAGUAAAAAAUGAGUAAUAUUUUUGAUGUACCUAGGUAAUAAUUAUUUUGAUGGGAUUAUGAGAUUAAGGGGUUGUUGAAUUGAGUUUAAUACAUUUAGAAAAAAAUCCACACACUUUAUGAUUAACAGUAGUAAUAUAUUGCAUAAUUAGCGUAACAACUUACCCAUAAGCAAAAAUAUUUUAUUACUUUAUAUACUUAUAUAUUGCACGCAUGUCAAAGGCUUUUUUUUUUCUAGUCAACUUUACAUAAAAACUAGUAAGCUGCUAAUUAACUACAAAUCUUGGAAAACUUCACUUGCGAGGUUUUUACUCUUACAACCCCUAAAAGCCCAAUUGUAAUUAGAUAAAAAAACGUAAUUUAGACAUAGAAAACAUAGUACUGAUUAAUAGAAUAGACUCCAAUCCAUACCACGUUUUAGACCAACGAAAUAAUAAUCUACGAAAUCUAAAACAGAUGUAAACAAAAGUUUACAUAUUAGUUUUUAUUAUCAACAAAAUUUUCUUAGGUAUUUUUGUUAAAAGUUAUUCAAAAAAUUAUUCUAGAUAAUUAUUCAAUACUUUUUGACAAGUAAUAAUUAAAAGAGUAUAUAACGUAGUUAGUGAAUGGAAACAUUUUUUGUCUUAGUAUUCAUUUAAAAUCAUCCCUAUUUGUUUAUUAACACCUAUAUAUAGUAUUUAAAAAGUUGUACGAAAGUAAAACAGUUAAGCGAAGAGCUUAUUUUCCAUAGGGUAUGGUAAAAGCAUUGCUUUAGUGUAAAAUAACAUGUACGGUGUACCUAUAUUAAUAUAAAAAUUAAUGAUAUCUGUAAUAUUCAACUAGUCUUGAUGCCAAAGAGCUUUAAAAAUUGUAUACCUAUAUUUUUAAAAAUAAAUUCUACGUUGAACAUUUCAUAUUAUAUUCUUCUUUCUAUUAGUUUUUAUUAGCCUUUCUAUAUUAUAUUUUACUUUCUUAAUUCAUAACAAUUGUACUACAUUAUCCAUAUUAAUGUAAUCUCUACCUAUAUUAGCUAGAUGCCAAAAUAUGUCCACGGCUGUAUAAACAAUUAUUACCUAUUAUAUAAUAUUUAUAGAAUUUCAUUAUUUUUCAAAUAUUGCAAACUUUGUUUAAUAUGCAAAAUAGUAAGACAGUGAUUACUACCCAAAGUAUACUAAGUAACGAUCUAUUAUAAUAUGCCUUAAAAACAAAUAUAUCAUUAUACAACGUGGGACAUAAGGAUUUGUAUGCAAAAUAUAAAUAAAUCUAUCAACUUGUGAUCCACACUGCAUAAUAUUAUUUAUAUAUAGAAAAACUUAAUUUAUAUACAAAUUAUUAUUAUUAAAUAUAUUAUUAUUAUUUUCAAAUACAUAAUUAUUAGCUUAACUAUUGUAAUUAAAUC